AUGGGGUCCCUUGGAUGGCUGUCCAUCUUCCUUCUGCAGAUCUUGGACCCGUGGAAAGCCAUGACCCUUAGUGUGCAACAGUGGCCUCCAUCUCUGCGGGUGACACAGGGUAGCAAGGUGGCCCUGGACUGCCAGGUGACAUGCAGCCAGGCCUGGGAACGGCUCCGGGUAGAGUGGACCAAGGACAGCAAGUCUGUCUGCAUGGUGUUGCUCACCAAAGUCAACCAGAGCUCCCCGAAAUGUGAGCUACAUGCACAGUUGUCCUGGUGGCCAUCAGGGAACGUCACCCUCCACCUGGACCAUGUGAGACUCAACGACAGCAGCAACUACGUGUGCCAGGCCAUCCUGGAGAUCCCCAUCUGGAAGGAGGCCAAGGGCAAUGGGACAAAGCUGCUGGUACAAACAGGUGGCCCCCUGCUGCCAGAGACUUCCAUCCCUUUAGGGCUCCUGUGGGUGCUGCUGGUGACAGGGGGUGUGGUGGUGGCCUUGGUGGCGUUGGGCGCUGGGCUUUGUGUUCGCAAGAGAUGCAGACAGGAGAACUCAGGAAACCCCUUCUACUCCAACAUCCUGUACCGGCCCCGAGAUACCCCGCAUAGCUCUGAGUCCUGGCCUGCACCUGGGAAGGUGCUGGACGAAGCCACGGAAGAUCAGAGAGCCCAGAGGGUGUAUUCUACCUCCUUCCCUCAGCCUGCACCCUGCCAGCAGCAUCCAGUCCCCAACCCAGCCCCAGGCCCAGGCCUGACCACCCCAUCUCUGCCUCCAGUGUAUCUCCUCACUCAGGCCCCAAUAGGGCUCUACUUCUGA